CAUUGUAUUGGAACCACAGUCAUUAUUCACGCCUUAGUUAACACUGUAAAGAAACGUGGUCUUUAGAAAAGUUAUAUAUCUCCAGAUGUUCGCUUUCAACUGAGCACAAAGAACCGCUUCCUUGCAGACACACUGGACCCCCAUUAAAAUAAUGGCGUCCAAAAGCACCGCGAAGCGCCAUCUGUUUUAUCGCCUGUAUGAAAUUUCCAAGAGCAUGAGUAAACUAGUGCUGCAGAAGGUGCUAGCAUGGGGAGCCCCCGGCUGGGCGCCCAGCAUGACCUUCCUGGAGUACCUGAUCGCGGUGAAGGGAGUCUCGAUGGUGCAGAUACGCAAAGGGUUUAAUCAGAGCCAGCGGAAAAAGAUGGAGAAGAUUUCAAUCCCGAACGACUUCGAUAUAUCAUUGCUGUGUCAGUGCAUAAAGUACGGGUGUGAUGGCCUCGCCCCGCCCGGAGACAGCAGGUGGGUGGAUUCGACAGACACCCUCGAACGCUACAUUACUUCCAUCAAAACCUUUCGGAAUGAUAUCCUCCACGAGGAGUUCAUCGUCAAUGAGCAUAACUUCAAUCUUAAAACAGAGAAGCUGAGAACUUUACUGAACAACACUGUCAAGGAAGCGGCAGUUGUAUAUAACAUAGAUGAGAUCCAUACCACAGACAUUCUGCAGAAGCUAAACACAGACAUAAACAAAAUCAGGGAUGAGCAUAUAGCUGGAUUUUGUAAAAGUACUUUGAACUUUGAUAGGCUGCUCGAUAUUGUCAAGAGUGAGGGCAAAUUAGAAUUAAAAAGAAAAUACAGGAACAUGUCUAAUAUUAAGCCACUGCCAAACUUACAUGAUAAACACCUGCAGGUAAGAGUGCGAGUGGACAAAGUCUUCACCCAGAUGCAAAUCAAACAAGAAAACUCUCGUUUUCAUGAAAACCAGAAGGAAUUCGUGACUUUUGAACACUUGCUAGAGUUGGUGGAGGAAAAACAAACUCAAAAUCACAAGAACAGCUCUGCUUUACUUGUCGAGGGUCCUGCAGGCGUUGGCAAAACAACGCUCAUCAGAAAGAUAAUAAGCGACUGGGCGUCAGGUGUCAGUACUAUGAAAAACCUCCAAGACUAUGACUUUGUCAUCGUGACUGAAGGCAGAGCAAGAGAAGUAGAUUCCCUUACCAGACUCGUACAGUCUCUUCUGUCGGAGACAAGUCGGAAAAUCCAGAAUGAACAGUUAAUGAAAUGCAUCCAAAAGAAUAAACUUCUGUUUAUCUUUGAUGGACUGGAUGAGCUCAAUCAGUCAUCAGAAGAAGUGCUCAGAGAUAUCUUAAAGUUAGGAGAAACCGACGAUAUUAUUGUUUUGUGCACAACACGAUCGAACAAAGUACCUGAUUUCAAGAGAUAUAUUCCUGACUGUUUUAAUGUAGCAUAUGUGAAGAUCAUAGGAAUAGCAGAAUGCAACCGGGAGGAAUUUGUGACAAAAUACUGCCGGGCCUUACAGACCGGAGGUGAAAAGAAAGACAUCUCAGGUCUUCUUCAGUACCUGCGAAGAAAAGACUGCCACAUGCAGACGCACUGGACGCUGGCCUUUAACUUAGUCCUUGUGUCAGUAUUGUGGUUUUUCAAUCCUGAUGCCGUAAACAGACUGACUACAACGGCAGAGCUCUACACGGCAACCCACGAACUGUGUUAUAACAAGCUAAAAGAGAGAUUACUCGAGACAUCUAAUAAUCUAGAUUCCAAUAUGAUUCAGAAAAGACUUUCAAUUUUUAUGAAGAGACUCCAAAAGGAGGCACUGAUCAGUCACUUCAUGGAUGAGAUUUUUUUGCCUGAUGAGUCAUUCAUACGACUUGAAGACACCUGUCAAUCCUUGGGUUUGCCUCACUUCGAGGUUCUCAGCUCCUUCCUGAACCAAAUCAACAUCUUGACAGAUACAGCUGAGAAAAAAUACAUCUUCCCUCAUAAAGGUCUACAAGACUUCUUCGGCGCACUGCAUAUCAGGGAAACUCUACUGGCUAGUGAACGGGAUCUUGACAUUCAGCGAGUACUGUCUGGCCUACAGACUCUUCUUGAAGACAUUGAAGUUCCACAGCUCAUCAGUGAGCGCAUUUUAGCAAAAAACACUGAACUACUGGAAGCGGCAAACGAAGAAUUAUCAGGGACGCCACGUUCUAUUAUGAGUGUUCUAGAAGAAACGGCCAAAGAAGUUACAAAGUAUAGUGGAAAUAAAAAACAAGCGAUGCCGGUAGAUAUAGCUAAAUGUCAGAACAUCAUUAUACACCUUACAGGACUUCUUCGCACAAAGGGCAAAACACUAAAGAAGACUAGGUGUGCUGAAUUAGUGAAUUUAUUAAAGGCCACAGGUAUAAGGGAGAGAUCUCACUGGCUUGGCCACCUACCGGACAUGAAGUGCGACGCAGAAAUCAGCAGACUCGUAGCAAAAGAAAUGAGUCUCUCAGGAUGGAUUGAAAUUACUGAGACCUGUACACAUGCUUAUUCCAUCGUUUUGGACCACGCUCAGCCAUCAGCUGUGGUCCUUGACAUUGAAGGGGAAACCGAAGGAGUCCGCUAUCUGGAGGACCUUUUGUUGGCAAUGGAAAAUAAGGCCUGGGAUGUUUACUUGAUUCUAAAAAACAGCUUCCGGGAUCCCAGAGAAUGUGGCAGUACCUUUGACAAAAAUCUUCAGCGCUUUAUUCAAAGGUCGUGCGCCCAAGUCAGGUGGUUCCGCGGGCACCUGAGCGGCGCGUCGGCGGCCGCGCUGCCGUCCUUCGUGGAGAGGCUGGAUCUGAUCGUGCGAGACAGCGACCACUACGGCGCGCUGCUGCCUUGGCUGUCCGAGCUCGCCACGCGGCUGCCUCGGCUGCAGGUGCUCUGGCUGCACGUGGCGGCUGAAGUAGACGAACGGCUGCUGCAGCCGCUGCCGGAGGACCUGCCACAGGUGAUCCUAACCCUUGACGGCGUGUCUGAGGCCACGGUCGAGUGGGCGUGUCGGGUCACCCGCGCGCUCCGGCCCCGCAGAGGGUACUUGGACCUGGUGUUUCCCGGCCUUUUGCAGCACACAGACGCCUUCGCCCAACUCCUGGAAGCCCUUGGCCGCGAGGGCGUGAGUGUAGAGAACGCCGUGCUCUCCUCUCCCGCCGCCGCCCACGAGGACAAGCAGCGGCUUCACGACCUCGUGCGCCGGCAGUUACGAUGCAAAUUUUCUGCCCGAGAGUCUGCGUCCCCACAGUGAAUCCGGAACUGCAGUGCUCUGCUCGCAGUUCGUCAAACUACGGAAGAAUUUGUGUCUGAAGGGAUGUCAACGUCUUCAGAUACAAAAAAUAAAAAUGACGUAGAUGGUC